CUACCACUCAUCAACAAACCCCAUAAAAACCCAGUGGUGUGCCCUUCUCUUCUGCCCAACAUCCCUAGCCAAAGACCCCCUUGGAGCUCACAAAUUUUUGUUCCACACAUGGCUCUUUUUAUUAGGAUCAACACUACUACCUUUGUUCUAGUUUCUCUCCUAACACUAUUGUUCCUCAUUAGUCCCAUGGUUUCAUCAGGUAGAGUUGAUCAAGGCUUCAUCAAGGUGGCCAGUAGUGCUACUAAUAACCCCAUCCAAGCACUUCAAGAGAAGGGUAAGCCUGCUAGGAAGCUUGGAAUGGUUGAAGUUGAAGCAGUGCUGGAUUAUGAUGAUGCCGAACCCAACCCAAGGCACGACCCAAGAAGGAGAAGAUCAAACCCUUAAUAGUUCUAUAUAUGAAGCUUAAUUAUAUAUAUAUAUAUAUUAACUAUAUAUAUAUCAGACAUGAACCUAAAAAUCCCACUAGCUCUUUCUACUCUCUCUAUUCAGAGGUUUUGGUAGUAUCAUAUGAUUAUUAAUAGAUAUGUGCUAUGGUAUUAUUAUUCUAAAUUAUUGAUUUAAGAGUGUUUUCAUUACUAGUUAUUAUUGGUAGUACUUUAUUGUACAAUAAUGUACUAUAUUACGUGGUACGUACGUAUGUAGUACCAAGGCAUAAUUCAAGCUAUGAACUACUUCUGUUUUUCUAUGUUAUAUAU